AUGAAAACUAAUAUAAUUAUACUCCUAUCGAUCGUGACCCUGGUCAAUGGGUGUAAAGAGUAUUGCAACGACAUAAAUCAAGACGACAUUGCACCCUGCAGCUGUCGGGAUGGCCGUGUAAGGUGUGUGGCCGCUGACGAGGUGGACCUGGAUAGUGUGUUUAGCUAUAUAGCCGAUGGCAUAGCGUACGGCACCCGGGAGUACGAGUCGUUUGAAUUGGAGAGCAGUUCUAUAUCAACAUUAGGCACGGCAGCAUUUCACGGCCUUUUGUUCAAGCAGUUUAUAUUUACGAGUUGCUCCAAACUGACCUGUAUCAGUCCAGCGGCAUUUAUGGCUCAAACGUCGACCACCAUAUUUACGGCUGAAAAUACGCCAUUUUCGUCCCCGGUGACCGCCACGUGCGAUUUAUUCAACGCAUUGAGUACAUUGACAAAUGUGAACCAGAUCAAUAUAGUCAACCAUCAAAUACCACAAAUACCGAACAAUGCGUUCAACGAUAAGAAUGGAGUAUUGAAGAACCUAAGGACCAUUGAUUUGCACGGCACGGGCUCAUUGGGCACCAUAAUCAGUGUGGGCAAAAAUGCUUUCUCAACACUUGAAAAUUUGAACAUGGUGAACUUAUCUAACCAGAAGAUUGUGGCCAUCGAAGACUCGGCCUUCGAGUUCCCGCGAGCCAAUUGGGAUCGCAUAACAAUUAACCUUGAGAAUAAUAAACUAGACGGUUGUAGGUUUGGGUCGCACGUAUUUCCCACGAACAAAGUAACCAAGCUCAUGUUGGCCGGCAAUAUGAACCUGAAGUUCUUACCCGACGGCGCGUUCCAUGACUUUUUUGAGGAGAGAGGUCACGACAGGAAUACGUGCGAUAUGUCGGGCAAUCUGAUGAAGAUUGACCGGCGAAAUAUGUGGCUCGUGGACAAUAAAGUGACCAUGAAGCUAGAUCAAAAAUUAUUGAAUGCUUGGGGAGAGGACGGCAUUCCACUCCUAAAGCAUACGCACAAACAGAUGGAUGUGGACCCGAAACCGCCCUGUACAACCACACGAUAA